AGUGGGAGGUGCCCGUCGGAGUUUGUGUGGCUGCCGCCGCGGGAACGUGAAACCCGGUAAUUUUUCAACCGAGAAGAGCGAGGCCGGAGGGAUUUGGCGGAGUGAGAGCGAGCCCGGGUGCAGCUGCGGUAGCUGGCUUCUGGGUGCAGGAGCCGGCAUGGAGGAAGAUGAGCCGAGUGGACGGCGUCGCGAUGGCGAGGCCCUGGCUCGCGCGCAGCCCGGGUCGCCAGAGACGCCGUGCGAGGAGCAGCAGCAGCGGCGGCCGGGCCAUCUCGAGAAAAAGCAACGGUGUAUUGAUGACCAAGAAACAAAUAGAUCUGAAUUCAUUACCUCCAACACAAGUGACUUCAGUGACCCAGUUUACAAAGAGAUUGCCAUUACAAAUGGUUGUAUUAACAGAAUGAGUAAGGAAGAACUCAGAGCUAAGCUUUCAGAAUUCAAGCUUGAAACCAGAGGAGUAAAGGAUGUUCUGAAGAAGAGGCUGAAAAACUAUUAUAAAAAGCAGAAAUUAAUGUUGAAAGAGAGCAAUUGUGCAGACAGUUACUACGACUACAUUUGUAUUAUUGACUUUGAAGCCACUUGUGAAGAGGGUAAUCCACCUGAGUUCAUACAUGAAAUAAUUGAGUUUCCUGUUGUUUUAUUGAAUACUCACACCUUAGAAAUCGAAGAUACAUUUCAGCAGUAUGUGAGGCCAGAGAUGAAUACACAUCUGUCUGAUUUCUGCAUCAGUCUUACUGGAAUUACUCAGGAUCAGGUAGACAAAGCUGAUCCUUUCCCUCUAGUACUGAAAAAAGUAAUUGACUGGAUGAAGUUGAAAGAAUUAGGAACAAAGUAUAAAUAUUGCAUAUUAACAGAUGGUUCAUGGGAUAUGAGUAAGUUCUUGAACAUGCAGUGCCAACUUAGCAGGCUCAAAUAUCCUUCUUUUGCUAAAAAGUGGAUCAAUAUUCGAAAAUCAUAUGGAAACUUUUACAAGGUUCCCAGAAGCCAAACCAAACUGACAAUAAUGCUUGAAAAAUUAGGAAUGGAUUAUGAUGGGCGACCUCACAGUGGUCUUGAUGACUCUAAGAACAUCGCCCGUAUUGCAAUUCGGAUGCUUCAAGAUGGAUGCGAACUCCGAAUUAACGAGAAAAUUCACACAGGACAGCUAAUGAGUGUAUCCUCUUCCUUUCCCAUAGAGGGCAGUCCAGCUCCACAGAUGCCACACUUUAGAAAGUAACAGAAGUUGGAAUCAUUCCUAUCUGGAGUUGCUACAAAGAGGUAGCAGAUGAAUACUUAUUGAGUGGGCCCUGAAGUGCAAACUUCAAGCACCUUAAUUAAACAUUUAAAUUUUCAUUAUGAUAGUUUGAUUAGAUGUAUGACAGAUUUUGUGGAAGUAUUGAGUUCUUUUCACCAGCACUUUUGAUAUGAGCAGUAUUUGUUACACAGUAGCAAUUCCUGCUUUAGAACUGAAUUUUAUAAUUUGAAAUGUCCAAAAUGUACUCCUUUUGGUUUUAAAAUGCAAAAUUUUAUUGACUUGUUGCUUCAGUACUAUGUGUUAUUGAUGUGGAAAUUUAAAAGGUAGAUCUUACCCUCUUAUGAGGUUUUCUGAACAUAAUUCUUUUUGACUUUUUAAGUUUGUAAGUGAAGUUCCACCUGAAAUCUUCCUCAGUGUCCUUGAAAGAUUAGCUCAAGGAUGGCAUAUGGUACCAAAAUCUGCAGAUGCUCAAGUCCUUUACAGUAAAAUGACACCAGGUUUGCAUAUAACAUGCACGCAUCUUUCCAUGCUCUUUAAAUGACCACUAGGUUACUUGUACUAUAUAAUAAAAUGAAAAUACUCUGUAAAAACUUGUUGUGCUGUAUUGUUUAGGGAAUAAUGACAAGAAGAUGAUUUGUACAUGGUUGGUACAGAUACAAGCAUGAUAGGCCUAACUACAUAAUAUAUGAAUAGAUUGGAGCUGAUCAGUUCUCUACGGUAUGAACUCUACUGAAACUGGAUCUGACAUUGCUUCAUUCUGAGGGAUUCAGCAUGUGCUUACGAUGCAACAAAUUUAGGUUUUGAUUUUUGGAACUUUCUUGUUCUGAAAAUCUGCAUUUUGGUAAGUUGAGUACAGAUGUAGAACCCACAAAUACAGAGGGAAAACUAAGUAUGGUCAGUUUCAGAAGGUGUUUGAUAAACAUCUGCAUAUUUCUUUUCAACUCAAUUAGAAAACCUAGGUUAGAUUUUUGUGUCUGGUUAAAAAUUUCAUUACUAAAAGAUUAAUGAAAUGUCAGAAGAAAUAUUACAAAAAAGCACAAAUAUCAAAGUUACUCAAGGUUUAUAGGCCAAAUUUUGUAGUAGCUAAGUAAAUCAGUGGAUAUUUUUGGACUUGGUUGUUCUACUCUUUUUUGUGACAUAAUUCUGCUUUAAUUCUUAAGAAACCAUGCUGUGAAAUAAAUCUAAAAUUAAUGGUAA